AUGAAAUUGUUCUCCUUUUUAAAACGAAGUCACAAACAUUUGAGAAUACACAGGAACGUCGACAGUGACUCGUACAUAUGCAGGAGCAACGUCCGAUUUUUUCACACUGUAAAUUAUGCGCACUUGGCGUGUUUGGCCAGCAAAAAAAGAAGCAAUUCGGACGAAGCGAGUUCGUUGCAUGCUCUGCUCAGCACUUUGACGAACCGAGGGCACAACAGAAAUAGCCAUUACAGUGAAGUUAGCAGUCACAAGGGGCACGGCAGCCAUAUCGGAGCAAAUCAAUGUGAAUACAAAAACGUCCUAACCAGGUGGAAAGAGCUAGUCAAGAUAUACAUAAGCUGGUUCCCAGAAAUUACCGAGGACAAAUAUAAGUCGAAAUGUUUUUCCCUACCCACUUAUUUGGUCAUCCAUGUGGUGAUCCCCGGUAGCGAAGCAACUCAGACAAAUACAUUGCAACAGUUUGAGGAAUUCAAUUUUGACACUCUCCUAAAAAGUAUUUAUCGAAAGGGGGCACACAUACCUGAUGGGGACCUCCACAAGUAUCUUUCCGAAGGGGAAGAUCACUCUGUUUACAAUGCAAAAGGGGGGAGAUCAUCAAAUGGAGGUGAAACCUUUCAUGGGGAAGAAAUUCACCGUUUAGGAGAAGACGACAAGGGAGAAGAUCCAAAUAGUGGCAAAAAUAAGUCCAUCAAAAAAAAAAAAAAAAAUGACAAUUCGGGUAGUUACGACGUACACUACAUUAUCGGAAGAGAUAUCGGCGAUGCGUACAACAAAGUAGAAAGCGUUGUAAGUGAGGCGGGUGGUGCUGAACUGGGGAUACUACAAUUGCAGGAUCGAACCGAUGAAAGUCAUAAACCGGAGGCAGGCAACGAGAGAAACUAUUUCUUUUCCCUUAACAUUCUUGAACUUAAAAGUAACGAGACGGACAGAGAGUUUCUAAAUCGAUGUAUUAGAGGAAAUUUUACAGAGACAGUUGACCCCGUGGCGAAGUCUCAGCCCAGUGGUGACAAACACCACUCCCAUCCCUUCCUUUUCAUCGUGUACGACUAUAAAACCCUAAUUCACGUAUUUAAUAACAUCAAAUUGGAAGUGCCAAACAUCGGCAGCGUCUUCGAUGUGUAUAUUCUGAGUUCCCUAUUGCAGCUCGUCCAGAGGGGUGAGAAGCUUCAAAAUGUGUUUAGUGCAUAUGCAGCUCAGUCUGGGAGAGGUAUGUCGUCGAUGCUGAUAAGUACGUCCGUUUUGGAGCUGCCCACUGUGGAGCUCAGGAGGAAAUGCCACUUUUCCAUUAUGCCACCCGAGUUUUCGGACGUCAUUUCUGGGAAAUAUGGUAUUUUCGGGUGGGGCAAAUACCAGAAGAUGAAAAUAAAGUACGAAAGGGAAAAGAAGGGAAUCCGCGCUGUAGGGGAGAAGCCGAAAAAUAACCGUGGCAUUUCGGAGAGUCCCUCUCAUGAUGGUGCCACUUCCACCCUCCCCACUGCAUCACAACAAACCAGCAGGGUGAGACAGAACCACUUCAGCUUUACCCGCCUAGAGGUAAGGGACCAAAGAAGCAUUAAAAAAUUGGCGUUCGGAAAUAAAAGAAGCCUGUACGAAAUCACGGAGGAAGAUAUGAUCAGCUACUGUAUAUCGAGAAACUGCUGCAUGAUGGCUCUCUUCGAUUUUUUGAUGGGCAUAUUUGCAAAGAAUUUAAACUUGUUAAAUAUUUACGUCAAAAUUGAGCAACCACUCAUCCUAUGUAUUAGCGAAAUUGAAAGGAGAGGCAUUUUCCUAAACCAAAAAAAAAUUGAGGAAAUUCACCGAAGUUGCAGUAACCCCUUAGUGUAUAAGGAAGAAAUAGAACACCUCUGCGAGUGUAACAUCAAUUUGAAUUCGUCCAAGCAGGUGGCGUCUCUCAUAUAUAAACACUUGCUCGAUAUUGCCCUCAACCCUAACGUCGAGGUAGGCACAACGAGUGGAGACGCACUGUCUCAUGGAGAAAGAGCAAAUUAUGAUCAUACUGUUGGAAGCGAGAGCAGUGCCAAAUUGCUAACUCCCACGUGUGAUGGAUUUUACGAGGCGGAAGAGACAUUUGAACGUAGGGAGGAGAACAUAGGGGGGGACGCAAAGAGCCCACAUUUGCCACCUUACAAAGGCGAAAACAAAGGAGAUACGAUGAGGAUGGGAGCAAAGUUACAAAAGAGUAACUUACUGAGAAACAUCAUUACGAAUGGUAAAUACUCUGCUUCUCUGGCAAAGCCGUCUUUGGCCAUCGGCACAUCGGAAGAAACGAAGACAUUCCCCCAACUUAACAACACCAUUAACGAAAUGAGGAGAAGCAAAAGUCUGCAAACGAACAACAAAACGCUCAAGCUGAUUGUAGACGAAAUUGAACGAAGUGAACAUAUAACCGAGAAGGAAAAGGAGAAAAUAAAAAAAAUUAUCAGCAACGUGAAACUGUACAGAGAGUCUAAGAAGCUAUUUCAGAAUUAUAUAGAAAAUUUGCCCAAGUUUAUACAGAAGGAGACGAACAAGAUUCACUGCAACUUCAAUCAGAUAGGGGCGUCCACCGGUCGGCUCUCCUGCGAGCAGCCUAACCUGCAGAACAUUCACUCCAGGUUCCGCUGCGCGAUAUCACUCAAGGGGGGGGAUACUGCAAGUGCCGGGCAAGGCAGCGACGAGCGGGGAGGCGACGAGGUAGGAAAGGACAUGCUAAGCACAACGGAACAGCCGCCCCGGAAAAGGCUAACCUGUGACGUACCUCCCCACAGAGCCGCCCCCCACGAGGGGCUCCCCCCUGAUGGCGAAAACCUCAUCACCUUCGACUACAAGCAGAUGGAGUUGUUCGUCAUGGCGUACCUCAGCUUCGACAUGCAGUUACUCAAGAUGCUGCAGAGCGGCGAUGUCUUCGUUGAGACCGCCAAGGUGCUAUUUAACACAACCCAAGUGACGAGCGAGCUGAGGAGAAUGACCAAAACGGUGAUCUAUGGGAUUCUCUACGGACAGACUGAAAAUGGACUGGCCAAAAGCCUCCUGAUAAGCGAAGGAAUGGCAAGUAAUCUAAUUUCGAAUUUCUUUCAGGUUUUCCCAAACGUGUACAGAUUUAUGCAAAUGCAGAAAAUUCUGGUCAAGCAUAUGAAUAGAGUAUACACGUUAAUCGGGCGCAAGAGGGUAAUUGAGCCCACCAUAAAAAACAAGUAUCGGAUCAGUAUGAACACUCCGAUUCAGGGCUGCGCGGCGGACGUCAUGAAAUUCGCCCUGUUGUCUUGCUUCCGCAUCAUGACGCAUGGGGAUGGGCAUGGGCGCCAUGACGUCAGCGAUUUUAGCGGUGUGCAUGGGCCAGAUAGCAAGCACGACAUGAACUCCAGUUGUGCUUGGCCCCAAAGCACACGCCUGUUAGAAAUAAACAAUGUGAGUGCAGCCCUCCUUGAGGAAAACAAGCCAUUCCUAAAAGCAACCAAAUUAAUUUUGCAAGUGCACGAUGAAUUGUUAUUUGAGAGCACCAGAAGAGCCACGGCCCCAAUCAUUCGACUCUUCAGCCCCAUCCUAGAAAACGCCUUUUACAAUUUAAUUCAGUACACAAAUACCUGCCAUAGGUUGCUUCUCCUUUACGAUUACAUGCAUGAUCAUAUUUCUGUGCAGACAUAUAUAGAGUAUCUUCAGCUAUCUAAUAAUGGCCAGACGUGGGAUUCUCACUCCUCCUAUGGGUCAAAUGAUAGCCGCCACUAUAAUUCGUCCAACAAAUUAAAUUCCAUUUUUGAAAAGUUUAAUUUUAAGUUACCGAUUAAGGUAGAAACGGGAGACUACUACAAGGAGUUUUCUUAA